CCUUAACCACAAAGCAUCUUACUGCCCGUGGCGGGGGCAGCUCUCCAUCCGAGGCCAGCCCUUGUGCAGCAUCGCCCUGCGGACCCCGCUCAGCUCCCCGAUUCCAGCCCAGCUACCCCCCAACCUGGACAUGACCCAUGUCAUGGGUUUAUCCGACUUGAAGAAAAAGAUCCCAGAAGCUGCCUUUGGGAAAAGCAACUACGUGGGGAAUGAAGUGUGUUUUCAAGGCAUUUACUUCAGUCUGUAUGAAGUGGAAAUAUCAAAUAAGGAGCAACAUAAAAUGGAUGAAUUAUUACAAAACCUAAAGGAGAAGGACUUGGCGAUCGUCAAAUAUUUACAAGAUCGAGGAGUCCUUAUCCUGCUCCCGUCCGCUGCCUUGACGCGAGACGACGCCCUCGAGCCCGAGGAGCCCGUCGGCCUCCUGGCCUUGUUCCUGUUCACCUCGUCGCGGGCGCUGUGCCCAACAGCUGCUUUUGGCCUCCUUGAGCCAAGUCCCAUGUGCGAGGGGCAAGACGACACCGUGCGCUCGCUGCGCCCAGCGCCGAUGCCGUGGCCUAACCCAACAGCAGAGCCUGCCCUAAAAAACAAGUGA